CAUGGAUAAUGAUUAUUAUGACUUUCUUGAUCAUUCAUUUGACUAUAAGCCAAAAAAGAGAGGACAAAGGGGUUAGAUAAAUCUCAUUUAAAUAUAGCUUUGACUGAUCAGGAGAUCAUUGUUCGUGAAAGAAUGAAGCUUGUAAAAAAUAGAGAAUCUGCAAAAAAUAGUAGAAAGAGAAAAAAGAUGUACGUUGACCUUUUAGAAAACAAAGUAUAUUUACCUUAUUAAUUUUAGGUGGCAGGUUUAAAUUAAUAGUUACAAGAAUAUAAAGAACUUCAAGAACAAAGUUAGGUUCUAUUACGAAAUACGCAAAUCCAAUUAUUGUUUGGAAAAUCAUAAAAAAAAUCAGAUUAAUUAAAUCAUUACUUUCAAGAAAUUUAUGAGUAAUCUAUUCCUAAAAUGGCUUUACAUUUUAAACAAGAAAAACAUAAUUCAGAACUCGAUCAUUGUUUUUAAAAUUUUUAUAAUUGCUUUAAUGAUAUAAAUAAUUUCAAAGAAGAAAUGAUCGAAGAAAUGCAAAAACUUGAUAUCACUAUGAAAUCUGCAAAAGAAAUCCCAGAGUUUAAUAAGUUCUUUGAACAUGUCUCUAAAUUAGAUUUUUCUAAAGAAUUAGACAGUUUAGAUGAAGUAAUUUACAUAUAUUAAUUCAUAAGGAACUUGCCAAUGUGAUUAAAACAGAUGACCUCCAAUUGUCAAUCAAAGACACUUAUGAUUUGUACAACAAAUCCUUGUAGUUUAUUAAGAAACCUAAAUUAAAUUGA